CGCCGCCCUCGACAUCCAGCACAACAGCAGACAUGGUCCGUGGAACAGGAAAGUACAAGCAGAAGCGUGGCGGUGGGCGUCAAUUCUCAAGGAACCUCGUCCUCGACAAGGACGGCACUGCUGUCUCGACCGAUCGCCGAUGGGCACCGCGGGAUAAGAAGGGCUCCGACGACGAUAGCGAUGAAGAGGAGGAAGAAGAGGAAGAGGAGGAGGAAAGCGAAGAGGAAGAAGAAAGCGGAGGAGAGGACAAAGCCGGCCAGCCUGAGAUGACGCGCGCAGAACGACGUGAGCUCAAGAAGAAGCAAGCCGCAGAGAAAGCGAAGAAGGCUGGCGGCGAGGAUGAGGACGACGACGAGGACCUAAUCAACCCCAACCAUGUCACCAAGAAGAUGAACAUCUCUGACCUCAAUGCGCCGCGCGAGCUUACCCGUCGCGAACGGGAAGCGAAGGAGAAGAAGGAGGCGCAAGACAGGUACUGGAAGCUCCACGUCCAAGGCAAGACCGAGCAGGCGAAGACCGAUCUCGCUCGUCUGGCCAAGAUCCGCGCCGAGCGUGAAGCGGCGCAGGAGAAGCGCAAGGCAGAGCAGGAGGCCAAGAAUGCAGAGAUCGAGCAGAAGGCAGCGGCGCAGAAGCAGCGCAAACGUUAGAGUUUGGAUGUAUACCUGUCGUCAUACAGCUUGAAUCUGUGUACCACCACCAAUACUGACUGUAUCUAUAUCUUCAUAUCGCUCAAUCGGACGAGCUUCGCCGCCA